AGGCGGAGCAGCGGCGCGCUUGGUGCCCGCCCGUCCGCCGGCCUCCGUGCCCGCCUGCCUGCGCGUCUCCCGGGGGCAGCGGAGGGCCCGGACGGAGCCGGUCGGAGGGAGCCUCCCGGGGGUCGAGCCGGGAUGGAGGGGGCGCUGCUGCAGCUCCUCUCCUGGAGCUCCCUGGUCUUCACGCUGGGCAUGUUCGGCACUGGGCUGACUGACCUCCGGAAAAUGUUUGCCACCCGAAGCGUGGAAAAUAUCCAGUUUCUUCCCUUUCUGACGACCGACGUAAACAACCUGAGUUGGCUAAGCUAUGGUUUCCUGAAAGGCGACUGGACAUUGAUCGUGGUUAACACGGUGGGCGCGACGCUGCAAUCCCUCUACAUCCUGGUUUAUUUCUUCUUCAGCGCCGAGAAGGGUGGCGUCUUGAGGAAAACGACGGCCCUGCUGAUGGUCCUUCUGUCCGGCUACGCCUAUUUUAGCCUGAUGGUCCCCGAUCCCACCAGGCGCCUGUCCCAGCUGGGCCUCUUCUGCAGCCUCUUCACCAUCACCAUGUACCUCUCGCCAUUGACAGAUCUGAUCAAGAUUGUGAAAAGCCGCUCCACCCGUUGCCUCUCCUUCCCGCUGACGGUGACCACUUUCCUGGCCUCGGCGAGCUGGACGUUUUAUGGACUCCUUCUAGAGGAUCUGUAUAUCGCGAUUCCCAACGUGCCGGGCAUCGCAACCAGUCUCGUACGUUUUUGGCUCUUCUGGCGUUUUCCCGCCGAGCAGGAUAAAAGUUACAAACUACUCCUCACCUGAAGAUGUGGGGGGGGGGGGCAGGAAGCGGAGAAGACCCCCCCCUCCCACAGCCCCCCCGAGGGAGGAGAGAAAGACCCUGAAAUCAGAACAUGUGCAGUUGCUGGAUUCACCCGCCUCGCCUGGCACAACUGUCCCUCGGGAUGGUGCAUUUCCACCUGGAAGGACCAUGCUGGAUUCCCGUGUGUUUUUGCAGCGGGAGAGGGGAGGGGCGUGAGAAAUCCCCCGCCCCCCCCCCCGGGUCAAAACAGAUACCGGAAGAAGAGGGACAAGAUUCCCACGCAAGCCUCUUCAAAAGGCCUUUGCAGACCUCCGAGUCUUGGGGAACGUAGAAGGGGCUUCCCCAUCUCGUUUCGAAGAUGGAGCUUCCGAAAUUUUCCUUUCCAAUCUUUCUCUCGCUCUUCCGAGGACUUUAUUGCCAAAGCGGCAGGCUUGCACCGCUGCCUUAUCCGUCCACCAGAAGUGCCUUUUUUUUUUAAAUUAAAAAAAAA